AUGGUCGUACUCGCACUCAGCACUGGAAGCCGGUUGGAUUUCGUGUCUCAGUCCAGGGUGUUUUUCUUGCAAACGUUCUUUUGGAUUUUAUGUGCUACAGUGUGCAAAGCGGAGCAGUAUUUCAAUGUGGAGGUAUGGUUACAAAAGUAUGGCUACCUUCCACCAACUGACCCCCGAAUGUCGGUGUUGCGCUCUGCAGAAACCAUGCAAUCAGCUAUAGCUGCAAUGCAGCAGUUCUAUGGCAUUAAUAUGACAGGAAAAGUGGACAGGAACACAAUUGACUGGAUGAAGAAACCACGAUGUGGUGUGCCUGACCAAACAAGAGGUAGCUCCAAAUUCAGCAUUCGUCGGAAACGCUAUGCGUUAACAGGACAGAAAUGGCAGCACAAACAUAUCACUUACAGCAUAAAGAACGUCACUCCCAAAGUAGGUGAUGCUGAAACCCGUAAAGCCAUUCGCCGUGCCUUCGAUGUGUGGCAGAAUGUAACUCCUCUAACGUUUGAAGAAGUUCCUUAUAUUGAACUAGAAAAUGGCAAGAGGGACGUGGAUAUUACGAUCAUUUUUGCAUCGGGGUUUCAUGGAGACAGUUCUCCCUUUGAUGGGGAAGGAGGAUUUUUGGCUCAUGCAUAUUUCCCUGGGCCAGGAAUAGGGGGAGACACUCAUUUUGACUCAGAUGAGCCAUGGACUUUGGGAAAUCCCAAUCAUGAUGGAAAUGAUCUGUUUCUAGUUGCAGUGCAUGAACUGGGACAUGCUCUAGGUUUGGAGCACUCUAAUGACCCCACUGCAAUCAUGGCUCCAUUUUACCAGUAUAUGGAAACUGACAACUUCAAGCUGCCUAAUGAUGAUUUACAGGGCAUCCAGAAGAUAUAUGGUCCACCUGACAGGAUCCCACCACCAACAAGACCUCUGCCAACAGUGCCCCCACAUCGUUCAAUUCCUCCAGCAGACCCACGGAAGAAUGACAGGCAACCUAAACCUCCCCGGCCACCCACUGGUGACAAACCUUCCUAUCCUGGAGCCAAGCCUAACAUCUGUGAUGGGAACUUCAACACUCUGGCUAUUCUUCGCCGGGAAAUGUUUGUUUUCAAGGAUCAGUGGUUCUGGCGAGUCAGAAACAACAGGGUGAUGGAUGGAUACCCCAUGCAGAUUACCUACUUCUGGAGGGGACUGCCUCCCAACAUUGAUGCAGUUUAUGAAAACAGUGAGGGGAACUUUGUCUUCUUCAAAGGUAACAAGUUCUGGGUUUUCAAGGACACUACUCUCCAGCCAGGUUACCCUCAUGAUUUGAUAACCCUUGGAAGCGGAAUUCCUUCCCAUGGCAUUGAUUCAGCAAUUUGGUGGGAAGAUGUUGGGAAAACCUACUUCUUCAAAGGAGAUAGGUACUGGAGAUACAGUGAAGAAAUGAGAUCCAUGGACCCUGGUUAUCCAAAACCAAUCACAAUUUGGAAAGGUAUCCCAGAAUCCCCUCAGGGAGCCUUUGUCCACAAGGAAAACGGCUUCACAUAUUUCUACAAAGGAAAAGAGUAUUGGAAAUUCAAUAACCAGAUGCUCAGGGUGGAACCUGGCUACCCCAGAUCCAUCCUCAAGGAUUUUAUGGGUUGUGAUGGACCAACAGAUCGAGAUAAAGACCGACACAGCCCUCAAGAUGACGUUGACAUUGUCAUCAAACUGGACAACACAGCCAGCACUGUGAAAGCCAUAGCCAUCGUCAUUCCCUGCAUCUUGGCCUUGUGCCUCCUCGUCUUGGUUUACACUGUGUUCCAGUUCAAAAGGAAAGGAACACCCCGCCACAUACUGUACUGCAAACGCUCUAUGCAAGAGUGGGUGUGA